CAGCCAUCCCCGCCAGACAUGAUACUGCAUAGGGUGGUGGUGGCGGUGGUGGUGGCGGCGGCGGUGGCGGGGCCGGUGGCGGCCAGCCCCCAACGUGCCCGCCAGUCGCCCUUCACCAUGGGAAUGCGCUUUCUCGAGAACAUCAGACAGGGCAUGACCUCCACCAUCAGGGACCUCUUCGGCUCCUCGCAGGGCAGGGAGGUGGCGCGCCCCCCGCCCCGCGCCCCUAACCUGGACGCCGCGCCCCCCGUCGUGCACAAGCCGGAGCCACAGAAACAACCCAUUCACGUGCAGAGCCACGCCGCGCGGCCCUCACACCUUCCCUCCCCGCCGUCACACAUCUCCUCCGCCCCUGCCCCGCACUUCCCCGCCGGCUCCACCUUCUCGUCUAACGGGCCGCCUUCCUCCUUCUUCAAGGUCGUGCACGAGCGGGAGGAGUCCACGCCCUUCCCCGACACUCACGGCUUCUCUGACGAGAGUUUCCAUCCCAACGCCUUCCUGCCGGGGCCGCCGCCGUUCCAGGGCAAUGUGGAGGAGGAUCAGCUGGUCAGUGUCGUGCACGACCAUCCGCGGCCGCUGCCUCUCGACCACAAUGACCUGUCGCAGGAACCCUUCCCACCACACAAAACCGCCACCUCCUUCGCCUCCUUCGGGAACACCGCCAGCUUCAAUCUCGGUGGAUCUCUCAAGAGGAACAAGCCCGACGGACACGCCCCUCUCCAUCCUCGCUCCAUCCUGAAGACCCCGCUCCCUCAGAGUGACGGCCCUCACCCACCACCCAGCCUGCGUGUGGACGCCGAGGCUGAGCCCAGUGACCACCUGACAGUGGUGUCGCACUCCCACUCCCGCCACGCCACGCACGCGCCGGCCACGCAGGCCGCCGCCCCGCCCCUCCAGCGCCAGCGGCGGCAACACCACGUCGCCAAGAAGGCCUCGGCGACUCUCAGUGUUCAGGGCGGCGUGGGACACUUUGACAGCAAGAAGGUCCACGGGUCGCGCGCCGCCAGGGACGCCGCCGCGGUAAGUGCUUCGCCCUCUAGCGAAGUCGUGCUUCUUCUGUGAGCCCCACUCCCUGCCCCAAGCCGCUGAUGCCACGGUGUUCUGCGGGACUCCGAAGUGAUUAACUAGGAGUUCGUGCACGGCGUACUGUGGCUGGGCAACACCUCGGGGGGCAAGUUAUUCCACGCAGAGCAGCGGCAGGACGGCGAGACGCGUGACUCCCACAAGACGCAGCUCUCGGACGGCGCGCGCUGCGGCAGACGCCACCCAGGCAGGCCCUUAGCCCAGCACCCGCAGGCAGCACCCAACCCUUCGCAACACCGGUAGGAGCGGGGGAGUGGGGAGGGGGGAAGGAGGGAGGUAAUCUUCAUCCUAAUAUGAUGCAUACCUACAGUAGUAGUACAGUGAGUCAAGUGUAAGUAUAGUCAAGCGUAUGAGAUUGAGCGUUAUUAUGUUGUGUAGCGUGAGUGACGUAACGUAUAAGCGUGACAGUAAAUUAGGUAGGCUGAGUAUGAGGCGUAGUUAGUGUGAGUGCAAGUGAGUAAGAGUGAGGUUAGUGAGUCGGGGUGAGUUAUGCGGAUGUGUCAGCGUGUUAGUGUUGAGUAGGAUGGGUAUGGGGCACACACUAACACCCCCUCCUUUCCUAGCCUCCCUUACAGCUAGGCCGCCUAUUAUAGUUAGGAGUGCGGUGGAGUGAGUGAGUGAGUGUUAGUAAGAGUGAGUUAGGUUAGUGAGUCGACGUGAGUUACGUAUAGUGUGUCAGCGUGAAAGUGUUAAGCAGGAUGGGUAUGGGACACAGACUAAUCCUCCAUACCAAGCCUCACUUUUAGCUAUUUAGGGCACGGUGGAGUGAGUGAGUGGACGAGUGUCUCAGUGUAACGUAACAUGGGAUGAGAGAGAUAGGUUGGGGACGUGUUUCCCACUCACACGGGAAGCAUUCCACACAUUCCUUGCUCCUUAUACAAAUAAAAAAAGCAAAAGAUAAGCAGAGGAAGGUUAGAUUCUUAAGUGUGUUUACUAUUUUUAUACCACGGCAUUUCAAAGUCUCGUUGAACACUUUAUAUUAUCGUUUUUUUUUUAUAUGAAGUUCACCUCCUCGCCGGCGACGGAGUGCAUCUUUACCCUGAUUGUUGUACACUAUUAAAAGAUAAACAUAA